AAGUUGAAAGGCUUUUGUUUUGAUUGGUAGUGAAACCGGUUUGCUUCUGUCCUGUGUGUCGUGCAGUCAUCUCCAUCAAAACAAGAAGGCAUGCAUUCAUGCGCAGUGAAGAGUGUCCCUACUCCGAUACCUACCUUUUCGUAUAAACAUAUGUUCCCAUUUGAAGAGUAAAUAGUCAACAGAGACAUAUAUCUAUCAUCAAUUGACCAUGGUUUGUUUGCUCGGAACACUAGUGAAAUACAAUACAUAACCAAUUUGUGGACAAAGUUGUCAGUUCUAAAAAUAUUCCUAGUCCACAUGGUUGAUUUCAUGCUGAAUAAGCGAAUGAAGUAAGAAUCGAUUAGUUUGGAAAACGCUUGUGUCGGGUGUGGGUGCUAAAUUUGCUACAUUAUGGCAACGUAACACGUGAACUUUUCCCGUGUGAUCCAAGUGUUGUAAAAACAUCUAAGAAAGAAGGUAACAAUACCGAUGGCUUCGUUUGGAGCGCCAAUAACUUCGACUGUAUUGAAUGCGAUUGACCUCACAUAUCAACAUCGAUGAAAUAAAGAACGACAUGGAAUCAUCGUAAGCACAGGGUACAACGAUUAUUGGCAGCUACACGGCACAGUGAUGUGCUAACCUUAAACAAAGAAGAAAUCAGCAUUGAAAGUUGUGAUAUAACACCUACUGUGGGUGCAAGUUGAAGGAAGAAAGGAAAAAAAAUCGGCCGAAUCUCUUGUAUCCUACAAACUUUAUCGGUGAGACUGAUAAGAUCCGCGCAGCCCUUGAGUUAGGUGAUAAAUAAUGGAUCGUGAAAAGGAUGAUAAGUCUUCCAAUACGGGAAUCGCUGGUGGAUUCGCUGCCUGUGUUACACGGUUCAUUUGCCAACCGUUGGAUGUGCUGAAAAUCCGUUUCCAGCUCCAGGUAGAACCACUCAGCCAGGAUCACAUGACUUCCAAAUAUCGCACUAUUGUGCAAUCGACAAGACUGGUCUAUCAAGAGGAAGGACUGCGUGCCUUCUGGAAGGGUCACAACCCUGCUCAGGUGCUUUCUAUCAUCUACGGUGUAUCUCAGUUUUCUUCCUAUGAACAUUGCAAUCAUCUGCUGAGAAAAAUUAAAACUUUUGAGGAACAUCAGAAUGUACGGAAUUUUCUCUGUGGUGCUCUGAGUGGCACGGUGGCGACUGUGAUUACACUACCACUAGAUGUGGUUCGAACACGACUGAUUUCGCAAGACCUUAAUCGGGGGUACAAAAAUUCUGUUCAAGGGUUAAAACUGAUCUACAGAUAUGAGGGAGUCAAAGGGUUAUAUCGAGGCUUAGGCCCCGCUGUUCUUCAAAUAGCGCCACUAACGGGCGGUCAGUUUAUGUUUUACAACAUUUUUGGCAGUAUGUUCCGGCAGUAUUUCAAUAUAAGCACAGGCGAAACGCUCCCAGCAAUAGAGCUUUUUAUUUGCGGAGGACUAGCAGGAUUAUGCACGAAGUUGCUCGUGUACCCACUGGAUCUGGCUAAAAAGAGACUGCAGAUUCAGGGUUUUGCCAAAAGUCGACAAACGUUCGGUCGACAUUUUGUUUGUCACAACAUGUUCAACUGCAUGUAUAAUAUAGUCAAGCAGGAGGGUUUCGUAGGAUUAUACAAGGGACUGCAUCCGGCCCUGCUGAAAGCGUGCUUUAUGUCCGCUUUCUAUUUUGCAAUAUACGACGAGAUGGUGUGGAUCUUGAAUCACUGAUAGAAAGCUUUUUGGAUAUCAAACACCGUCUGUUACCUGUUUAUCAACGGAAGAGAUUUGAUGUUCGUUUUGCCGUUCUGCACGCCGUAUUCCUGUAUUGUACAUAGCCAGCCAACUGGAGAAAGAAAACAACAGUACUUAUUCUAUCCCAAUACGCAAUGAUAUUGUGCUUUCGAUACGAAACCGGGAUGUAGCUAUUGCUCAGUGUCAAUUAACCGUUGAAUACUAGUAGUAUGUAGUAAGUUUUACAGUUGACACGUAUGAUUGAGUUAUAUAUAUUUUAAAAAAUUAUUUAUAUUGAGCUGUGGAUGCUUUCGAUGACUGUUUUUAAACUGAAAAAUGGGUCAAACACACCGGUAGAAAGUAAUAGAGCACUAGUAGACCUGACAUAGAAACUGCUAACAGUACAUUAAGUUUAGCUUAAUUGUUAAAAGAAAAACGAACGUUUCAGGACAUUUGUCCAGUUCAACAUGAUCCUAGAUAGAAAAUAUUUAUAAUUCGAACGACGCUCUCAGUAGCCUGCUCAGUUUUAUUUAUUUCAACCCUUUAUCGAAUUUCGUAUCAGCAAAGAUAUUAUUCGUCCUAGUAUGUUCAAACGUUGACGCAGUAGAUUGGUAUCCGCUAAAAAAAUGUGUUUAUUUUUUCGACUGGCAAAGAGAGCAAACGAAACACGUAUUAAUCCAGCAGACUUCCAUUAACGCGAUAAGUGAACGAGUAUUGUCGAACAACUAAUGGUCUCUGUGUAGCUCAACUGUUAAAAUACCAAAUAGAACCUUAGGUUUAUUAUGAAAUCGAAGCGACAACAGGAGAGGCAAUAAUAUGCUUGUAGAAUUAGGAAUAAGCUAAAACAGUGAACGAUUAUUUGGAACAUAUUGGAACGACAAUAAAAUAUGAUGGAAUUAACAGCACUUACGAA